AUGGCACAGGCAUUUCCGUCCAUGACAGAGGAAAUCAUUGGCUGUAUUGAGUGUAUAAUUUGUAAGGAGGAUAUGAUCGAUCCAAAGGAUUUACCUUGUCAACAUACUUUCUGUUUGAAGUGUAUUGAGAAGGUAGUAGAAACAAAUGCGCCGAGUAGACGCAUACCAUGCCCAGUAUGCCGUGACAUUUGGGAAGUGCCACCAAAUGGACCAACAGAACUAAAAACACACCGGCUAAUGAACCAGCUACUAAACAUAAAAAAGAAACGUGAUGCGGGCUCCAAAACUAAAACAAAAAUUUGUGAGAAACACCCUGAUGAGCCACUGAAACUGUUUUGUAAAACGGACAAUAGCAUUUUGUGUUACGAAUGCUUAGUAAAACAUCAUUUUGGACACAACUACAUUGAAAUUGCACAAGGUGCAGAACUUCAUGAGAUGAAACUAAGGACAAAGAUCGAAGCCAGUGUUAAGAUGCUAAGAAAAAGGGCUGACAUCUUGGAGGUGGAAAAGGAUUUGCUCAAACAAGUACAUGCAGACAGGCUCAGCGUAGAAGAAGCGAUCAAAGAAGCAUUCAACUCCAUAAUUAAGAGCAUUACUAAGCAUCAAAACACGGAAAUAGAUGAGGAAUGUCUCCGCAAUUCAAUUGCUACCAAGGAAAGCAAGCUGGCUAAACUUGAUGCAAUAAAAAUAGAAAGUGGACAUGUUGACAUAAUAAGAAUUUGUGAAACGCUGGAUCAUGAACACGAAGGACUUCCGAAAUCCUUUAAUAACCAGGCUGCUAUAAUCUUGGCUCUACGGUAUAAACCAUCUACCAUAUCGGAAGGGCACGUGGUAUUUGGAAAACUAGCUGCGGAAAAGCAGCCUUUGCAUGUUCCUAUUGGACAACUUACUCCAAUACAACUUGAAGAACUAUCUUCCAAACGUCUUGCACACGGAGAACUUUCAUCGGGACGAUCUGCUCUCGAAGACCUUCCUGGAGAACUUAUAAAUAAACAAACUACUCCUGAAAAACUUUCAUCUGUACAGAUUGCUCAUGGAGAAUUUCCUCGAAGACAACUUCAUUCUCCCGAAGAACAAAUAGUCCUUAGACAAUACUUUCCGGGAGAACACUCUCCUGGAGAACCUGUUCCUAGACAAACUGACCCUCGUGGAGAGUUUUCUACUUCUGAGGAACCUGCUUUUGAACUAAUUGGUCCUGGCCAAACUCCCCCGAGACAACAUUCGACUCCUGAAACGCUCGAUCCUCCCAAAGAACUUGUACUGAACAUAUCAGACCAGCGUACUCCAGUAGAAUAUGCUUGGAAUAUUGGUCCUGGAUCCCUUCCUCCCAAACUCACCAUAAGACAAAUAAAUCCUCCUGGACAACCUCCCCCUGAACAAAUCACUAAAGGAGAACUUGAGCAACAUGAACUGAUUGUUCAAGGACAGCUCAAUCACGAAAACGUUGAUGAUAUUUAUCCUGCAGAUUUUUGUCAAGAUACGCUUUCCCCAAAACAACCUUCUUCACUUGACGACAUCUCUCUUGGACAGCUUGCUGCUGAACAAAAUAGAACCUCGUUCAAAAGUGAGUUGGAAAGUUUGGUCGAACAAAACCUUUUCCUUGACAGUAUCCAACCAGCUGACAAUUUUCCCAUACAGCUUAUAGAUAUUGCUCCACACCAAGUUUAUUCUGACCAGCAUUUUCAGAGAGAUCUUGCUCCAGAACCGCGUCAUCCUGGGCAACUACCCAAAACACUUUCUAAUAACAGCAAAUGUUUGGCAAGAGCUCGAGCAUCAAAUAAUGAAAGAACUCCCAAACUGACUACCAAUAACAAAACAUCCAAGGAAGGACUCCCACGUUUGGUGAAAACUCCCGACGAAGGUCGAGUGGAGAAGGCCAAUAGGCCACAAGCUAAUACAAAAGAUGCUGAAGCUGUUCACAGUAAGGUGCCAUCUGAAUCAAUUACAACAUAUAGCAACACGUCAAAGAAUAAUACGCCAAUGGAGUCGACUGAGUCAGAUACACACAAUACAAUGAUCCAUGCAAGAGGACAACAUCGAAGUGAAUUGGAUGUUUACCUUGAACAAGAUAUAUACACUUCAAACAAUUUUGAUCAUGAGCGGAUAAAGAAAUCAGAUGCAACGGAUAAGAGCCCAUGA